ACGCUUCUUCAUAAGCGCUCACGUAGAGCUGCUGCGGUAGGCUGUGUCUUCCUCAUGCUCUCUAGCUAAUGGAUCCCUUCGCCGGAUAUCUUAAAGAAGUUGUUCAGCUAAGAGAGAACCAGUGAAGGGGACAGCCAUGUCUGCCCUCCGUAAGAUCAAGAGAGUGGGCAAGAAGGCCAGCAAGUUCCAGUACACUGCCACGUACCAGUCGGUGGUCGUGGAAUGCCAGCGGAUCGAGACUUGGAAGCCUCACCUAAUCAGUGUGUCUUGGUCAAGAAGAGGAAGAAGAUUCUUCACUCACCGAAGACCGUGGCAGGCGUCUCUAGACAACCCCACGAGAGGUGUCGUCAUUUGGCCCGACAAGGAGGUCAUGGAAACCACUGUCACCUUGUACAAGAGUCCAAAGGACACGUCAUACGAGACUAAAGAGUGGGAAUUUCAUGUCAUUGACGUGGACAAC